AUGCCCGUCGAGUCGCUUAUGGACCUAGCCUACGGGCAGCCGGACACCAUCCGGUUUAAAACCAACCCGUCGAGCUUAAACGCGUCGUGGAAAUGUGACAUUUGCUCCUCCGGUUUCCAGCGAUUGGAUCACUUCAAGCGCCACACUGCAACGCACAAGACGGACAGGCCCUUUAUGUGCGACUUUUGCGGUUCUCUAUAUAAACGAGGGGACGUACUACGACGACAUUGGAAAUCGUGCUCCGCACGUAUUCAAACCGGCCAGACCGUCCCCGAACCACGACUAGGCGGCAAAGAGAAACAUGCCUGCGACGGUUGCGCGAGACUGAAGAGAUCAUGCUCGGGAGGACAGCCCUGCUCGGAGUGUCAGUCGCGAGGAAGAAACUGCUCAUAUGAACGUCUGGGAGGCACGAAGAACAAUACUAUAGAGUCCCCACCGCGGGAGUGGGGGUUAUCCGCUGCGGGGUAUGACACAGUUCCCGCUCAUACUCCAGAUAUUGGGGCCGCUGGCGUCCAGCAAUUCGGCGAGCCAUCACGGUCCACUUGGGACAUGGGUCCGCAAAACUUUUACGCAUCUGCGGAUAUCAUAUAUAGAGCGUACAGUCGACUGCCUUAG